GGGCCUUCGGAAGCUCAAAACACAACCGGCAGACAUACGGCAUAUACCAAACAGUAAUGUUUAUAGUGUCCGCAAGGCAUUUUUAUGGCCUCGCGGAAAAUUUACGCUCGCAGGGGUGAAAAUGUAAAGGGAUUUAACAGCAGGUCACUUUGGACCAGAGAUUUUCAUGAUUUUUACGACUUGUUUUUGAAACGUUGAAGUAAAUACUUUAUGUGAAUUGUGAGAUGAAAAUUUUGAGAAAAAUGUUCUUCGAGUUUAUAAUCUGUGUAGUUAUUUUAUCGAUAUCGUGUGAUUCGAGUUCUCCUUGUAGAAAGACGCAGUAUCGGUGCGAUGACGGUGAUUGUAUCGAAGUUAAUAAAUAUUGUAAUGGUGUCAAAGACUGCAAAGAUGAGAGUGACGAGAAGGAAAAUUGUUCACCUUGCAACAUGACCUAUUACGGAUACGUGGGCAUUACUUACGAAAUAGAGAUAAAACGACCCUCGGAGAUCCGAAUACCCUUUGUCUGUUUCCUGAACUUCACAGCUGGCGGAGGAGCUUUAGGAGAACUCGUUCAGUUGAGCUUCGAAUCGUUCUCCGUUGGAACUUUCGAAUCCUUCAUGUCAGGCGGAUGUCCUGAUGGCGCUGUUUCAAUUAGAGAAGCCAAUCGACCUAGCACCGGAGGCGAAUGGUGCGGUAGUGCUUGGGGCUACUCCGUUUACUACAGCGAAACUCCAAGCGUCAAUUUAACCCUUAGUCUCAAAACGAUGAUUCAGCAGGAAAAUUCUGGAAACAAGUUCGAGUUCAAGCUCUCCUACAAAUUCCUGAAGUCGAGCGAUGCAAGGAUAAGAUACGGAAACUCCACGCAGCGAUCAUACAGGGGUAAAUUGAGCGCUGGAACGUACUGCGAUCGGUUAUUAGAAGGCUGCUCCAGGAGAUUUUGUCGUAUUCAGAGUCCUAAUUAUCCGGGGAUUUACCCGAGAAAUGUAAGCUGCCAAUACAGGGUGCGUGAAAGGAACGUGCCGCAAGGGAAACACGCACUGAUCGCCGUCAGACAGGCCAAUUUUCAUUAUAAGGAACACGUCGGAAAGUUUGACGGCGGGGACAGGGGAAUGAGAACUUGGGAUCAGUGUAACAUGAUGCAAGAUUAUCUGGAAAUAUUGGACGGUUGGGGACAAACCGCGACUACUCUAGCUCAUCUAUGUAGCGGUGAAACCAUUCCAGAAAUCAUCAGCAGCGGUCCGGAACUUCUAGUGAAAUUCCAUACAUCACCAUAUGGAAAUCCUUUUCAUCCAUUACCAAUAUCGUAUUUGCCAGGAUUUGAGCUAGAAAUAGAGAUCGUGUACGUCAAUAAAGAAUCACCAACAUACAUCGAACAUGGAAAGAAAUGCGAAUUUGUUGUAACUUCGUUCGAUAAUCCAUCAGGUUAUUUAAAAAAUCCCCUCCAUUCAUUACCACCGAAUACGACUUGUCAUUAUCAUUUCCGCGGUCAACCACGAGAUAUCAUCUGGAUAUCUUUCAUCAAAUAUCACGUGAUUAAUGAACGCCUCGCUGAUUUUAACACAGGAGAUUGUAACGUCGAACUCCAGAUCUGGGAUGGAGACAUCACGAAUCGAAAUACUGUACCGUUGAUGGGACAAUUUUGUAAAGAUGACAAACCCAGAUUGUGCGAUCACACUUUAUUAAAAAACUCCACCAGAAUCACCAGACCGUGCGGAUUAACCGAAAGCUACGUCAGCACUAAUUCUGACUUGACAAUAUCGCAUUCGAUCAAAUACGGAAGCGUUUUAUAUCCCGUGAACUUCGUUAUGAGAUACGAAUUCGUCGAUUUGUCUCAGGAAGGUAUCCAGAUGUCUAAGAAUCCUUGCGAUAGACUAUUCAGGAGCCCGAACGGUCGGUUCUAUUCACCGAAGAUAACCUUUCUUUUCGGACGAGGUGGAAAAGAAGAUUUGAUUUGUACGUAUCAGUUUGAAUCUAACGAACAACAGAGACUCAAAAUCACCUUCAAUAAAGCACAAUUCGGUUCUAAAACGUGUCAUUCUUUUUAUGAUCAAGACGCGAAUCGAUGGGAAUGUAAAACUCAAAAAACCGACGUCGCUUAUGUACAAAUAUCCGAAUUUCCUUGGAAAGAUAUAGAAUUACGAAGAGAUUGUUUAUGUCACAACAUAUCGGAACCGUUCACUGUUAUUACGAAAACAUCGAGUAAAGUUGUUAUCAAAUUUGUUGUACAAAAAAUGAAGAUAAUCGAAGAUUACAAUAAUUAUUUUUUCGACGCUAAUUUCGAGUUUAUACCAAACGAUAAUAAUUGUCUUAAUCCUUGGAAUAAUCGAAGACUUAGAGGCUCUAGCGGGGAAAUAUCGAUAAGAAAUGGUGAAGACAAAUCUGAAGGACUGACGUAUAAAAAUCAGAGCGUCAGGUAUUGUCUUCAACAACCUUGGUUAAUAGAACCGGAAGAGGAAGGGAAUUUUAUUUACUUAAAAAUCAAAGGUACUAAAAAGAGAUUAUGUCCUAGUAAAAAUAGGAUACUUGUUUAUCCUGCAGGAAAAACGGAAAUCGUUCACGUUAUUUGUCCUUACUACGUCGAAACAGACGAAGUUGUAGAAAUGUUUUCCGAAGGAUGGAUUCUUUAUAGUUACAAGAAGACGCAAAAUAAAAACUCCAGGAGUUUUAUUAUAGAAUUCGCUAGGAAGGAAAGUGGAAAUUUCGCUGUGACUUGGAUGGAAAUUUCCAAAAAUCCAGCGCUGGCUCUACCUAAUUCGAUGUUGAUGAUAACUCCACCGGAAUGUCCACAUAGUUGUCCUGAACUAGGAGCAUGUAUAAGUUCUGACCUUUGGUGCGACGGUCUUCGCCACUGUCCUUCUGGUAACGAUGAACAAGAAUCCAACUGUUCAAUUCAAGGAGGAUUCCCCACUGCCUAUUUGAAUUCGGCCGCCCUUUCCGCAGUUGCUGUUGUUGCUCUAGUGUUGGUAGUCAUAGCAGUUUUCUACGCUUUCAGGCAUUGGAGACAGGAACAGAAGAACGUGAUGGUGUCAGUGACGGAACAUACUUUUUUAGAGUUUAAAAGCGGCUUCUGUUGAAAGAAGUCGCCAAUUGGAAUAUUUUGUGCUAAAUAAAAACUGUAAAAGGCGAUGAUACAGUUUGAAAGAUUGUUAUUGGUAUCAAAAACUAAUUGAAAAUUUUUAUUUCAUAAGAUUAUUUUCAUUUUAAACAAGGAUAUCCAACAGGACAACUCCUAGCUGGGAUGACAAUCUUUCAAAAUGUCACAUGUUAAAAAAACAACCAAUAAAUGAUCAUUUUAAGCAAAAAAUUAGUGAUUAUACAUAAUUGAACGCAAUAAUGUGAAACAAUCUUAAACGAAAUGAUAGACGUGUAUGUUUAUACAUUUUCUAGGUUAGGACGCAUAGAAAUGUUGAAAAUGGUUCAACGCAUGUGAUGUUGAGUACAAGGUUGAGAAAAAGUAAUAUUUCAAUGACUGACAAUAUCUGUUGUAAAUGUAUUGUAAUAUAAGAAGUUUUUAUGGGUACUGAUAAAGGAGAUGAUUUAGAUGUAACAGUUAUGUACUUUGUGUUUUAUAUUUUUUGUUAUAUUGUAAGUAGAAGAAGAAGGUACAUUUUUUGAGAACAAUAAAAAUGUAAAUCUCUA